AGAUAAAACGCUAAAGUUAAUGGAAUUUUGGUUACUCCGGUAAGGAAUCCAUCAGCAGUCUGCCGCCUGUUGCUUGCCAAUUUUGGUGGUUGGAUUCCCUAUUUCCCCUUCCACUGUUUCCCUCAUCUUCCUAAUCUGAAAUCCGUUCCUUGCCGCUGCCCGGCUGAGAUGCUGGCCGACGAGGCAAAAGCCUUGCUAGGGUUCCCCCCCGAUUGUCGCCCCUCUCCAUCUCAGGUUAAAGCUGCUUAUAGAGCAAAGAUAUGGGAAACUCAUCCAGACCGCUUUCCUGCUCAUGAAAAAUCAUAUGCGGAGUAUAAGUUCAAGAUGGUUUCUGAAGCGUACAGCUGCUUGUGCUCUGGUGCAAGAGUACUGAAAUCCUCCCAAGCAGGGGCAUACUCAUAUGUGGUCCGUACGGGAGGCGUUCCAAGAGCAAAUGGAGGGAGGAGGAAUCAUAUGCUGGUUGGGGUUCCCUUCCUUUUGGUCAUCCUAGGCACUCUUGCACUGGCUGGAUCAAAUGUGGCCAGGGCUUACAGAAAAGAACAGCAGGCUUAUCCUUCUCACAAUCCUUUUCUCCCUUGAUCAAAUCGCACACAAGAAGGCGGAAUAUUUCAAUUGCAAAAUAGAUAUUGAAUGUAUAGGAACAAACAUAUUAGCUGCAUUCGAUUUGGUGUAUUUACACUUGCAUACAUAUAUACAUACUUAUGUACACCAGAGGAAAACAGUAAACAGAGCCUCUUCAAAUUCUCAGUCUAUUCAUUCUACACUGGUUGAAUAAUAACGUUUUUGGUUU